AUGGUAGACUUUUUAUUCCAGGAAAAUCAGGAGCUCAGCUCUUUUGACUGCGCAACUGCUGGAGAUGCUACACGACGCGCAGUCCUAAUUGGCCCGCAUCUCGUCUCCUCCUGGCCAGUGUUCGAUACAUGGGUGCUUCCGCGUGCAUCACCGAAAGCCGAGUCCCAAAUCGAUUGGGACCUACUCUCGAAUACAUAUGGAGACCUGUCUGUUACUGCUGCGGACUGCUCCACGCGUGAAUUCAGCGACCAGAAGCGCAGCACAAUGCUCUUCCGAGACGUCGUCGCGCUCUGGAAGGCCGGGGGCGGAAGCUCGCUUUACAUCAAGGACUGGCACCUUGCUCGCUCGUCUCCUAUACCUUUCUAUACGACCCCUGACAUAUUCCGCGACGACUGGAUGAACGCGUACUACUCAGCCUGUACGCAGGACGACUUCCGGUUCGUGUACGCCGGCGCGGCGGGGACGUUCACGCCACUGCACCGCGACGUGUACACAUCAUAUUCGUGGUCGACGAAUAUAUGCGGCCGGAAGAGAUGGUGGCUGUUCCCGCCGGAACAAACGAGAUGGCUGAUGAAGAAAGGCCGUGAGGAGCACGGAGAGACAGCGUAUGAUGUGCGAACAGCUGAUCCGCACGAGUUUCCUGAGCUUGGCAGGGCGAAUCCGAUCAUUGUAGAGCAGGAGGAAGGAGAGACGAUCUUUGUACCGAGCGGAUGGUACCAUCAAGUUGAGAAUUUGACCGUGUGUAUUUCCAUCAAUCAUAAUUGGUGCAACGCCGUCAACCUUCCCUCUCUGUAUGAAUCGAUGUGCACGAAAGUUGUGGAGGUCGAGCGGGCUCUGGAUGACGUACGAGAACUGCUCUCCCGGGACAAAGACAACGCCUGGGAGCUUGAGUGGGUUCGCAUUGUUCAAGAUGUGGUCGAGAAAGAUGCAGGAUGGAAUUGGAUCACAUUCUGGAAGAUGGUCCUUCAUGCCUUACACAUUCAUCAUUCGGAACUUUGUCCGGGCACUCCAGAGCAGCCCGCGCUCUGGAAACUCGCACCCACUCACCUAAUGCCAGGGCGGAAGUUUAUCGAAGAGCGCAUCCACAGAUGCUAUACUGAUUUUAUGCAGAGAGACCGCCGCGAGAUUGAGGUGCAUGGAUUGAGAGAUGUCCUCCUUGCCGUUGGGGGACAACUCGGCGCUGUGACCUCGUGA